GCAGCCUUUCUGCUCUUCUACGAUCAAAAUGGGGACCAUUAAAAAAUAAUGAGCAGACAAUUGGCUUCUACACCAAGCAGAUUCUUGAAGGAUUAAAAUACCUCCAUGAUAAUCAAAUAGUGCAUCGAGACAUAAAGGGUGACAAUGUGCUUAUCAACACGUACAGUGGAGUGUUAAAGAUUUCGGACUUUGGAACUUCCAAGAGACUUGCAGGAAUCAACCCAUGUACUGAAACUUUCACUGGUACCCUUCAAUAUAUGGCACCAGAAAUCAUAGACAAAGGACCACGUGGCUAUGGGAAGGCUGCAGACAUCUGGUCUUUGGGAUGCACAAUCAUUGAGAUGGCUACAGGGAAGCCCCCGUUUUAUGAACUGGGAGAACCACAAGCAGCGAUGUUUAAGGUGGGAAUGUUUAAAAUACACCCAGAGAUUCCUGAAUCCAUGUCUGCGGAAGCCAAGGCCUUCAUAUUGCGUUGCUUUGAACCAGAUCCUGAUAAACGAGCUUUUGCUCAUGAGCUACUUGUAGAUGAAUUUUUGAAAGUUUCAAGCAAAAAAAGAAAGUCCCCAUCAAAGCUCUCAGUUCUUUCAGCUAACACAAAUGAGUAUCUUCGGAGUAUAUCCUUACCUGUCCCUGUUCUGGUGGAAGAUACAAGUAGCAGCAGCGAAUAUGGUUCUGUCUCACCUGAUACAGAAUUAAAAAUUGAUCCAUUCUCUUUCAAAACAAGAGCCAAAUCCUGUGGAGAAAAAGAUGGGAAGGGAAUUCGGUCCCUUUUUCUGAGCAUCCCAGAUGAAAAUUUUGAGGAUCACAGUGCACCUCCUUCACCUGAAGAGAAAGAUUCUGGAUUUUUCAUGCUGAAGAAAGACAGUGAAAGGAGAGCCACCCUUCACAGGAUAUUAACUGAAGACCAAGAGAAGGUAGUGAGGAACUUGAUGGAAGCUUUGGCUCAGGGAGCUGAAGAGCCCAAGCUAAAAUGGGAACAUAUUCUCGUGUCCAGCCUCAGAGAGUUUGUACGGUCCACUGAUCGCAAAAUCAUCGCAACCACUCUUUCAAAACUGAAACUGGAGUUAGACUUUGACAGCCAUGGUAUCAGUCAAGUGCAGCUUGUGCUGUUUGGUUUUCAAGAUGCUGUCAAUAAAGUUCUCCGAAAUCAUAACAUCAAGCCACAUUGGAUGUUUGCGUUGGACAGCAUAAUCAGAAAAGCUGUGCAGACUGCUAUUACUAUUCUGGUCCCAGAAUUGAGGCCACAUUUUAGUCUUGCAUCUGAAAGUGAUACAGCAGAUCAAGAUGACGUAGAAGUUGAAGAUCAAGAUGAACAGCCUCAGAAUCAAACUAUCCAACAGCCUUGCAUUGUCAUGGAAGAUGCAGUAGCUACCUCAGGUGUAAGCACACUCAGCUCUACGGUGUCCCAUGACUCCCAGGCUGCUCACAGAUCGCUGAGUGUCCAGCUGGGCAGGCUAAAAUUAGAGACAAACAGGUUACUGGAGGAAUUGGUUCAAAAGGAGAGAGAAUUUCAAGUCCUUUUACAUCAAGCUAUAGAAGAAAAAGAUCAAGAGAUCAGAAACCUACGGCUUAGGUCACAGCCAAUAAAUAUUCCUGGAUUGUCUGUCUGUCAUCGUCAUUCCACUGGCACAGGGACCGAAGACCCUGACCUCGUGAACUGGCUGAGGGUUCAAGGAGCUGAUGAGGCCACGAUAAACAAGUUCUUGGCUGAAGACUAUACAUUAAUGGAUGUUCUCUACUGCGUUACACGAGAUGAUCUGAAGUGUUUGAGACUGAGAGGAGGAAUGCUAUGCACACUCUGGAAGGCCAUCACUGACUUUCGAGAGAAACACGCCUGACACUGAAAUUUUUCUUCGCUUCUCUGCAGAGAGGAAAAGUUUUCCUUUCAGCACAGAGCAGGUGUGCUGUCAGAAGGACUGUUGCACUUUAAUCCAGUAUUUGUUUACCAAUGUUAAAAACACUGCAGCUUCCUGACUGCUUUUACUCUUGUAAUCCAUGAGGAAACUGUAAACAACCUGCAACAUUAUUUUACUUCAAAUGUUUUUACAUGCAAGUUUUUCAAAAACUUUAAAAAAAAACACACCACCAAAACCCAUCAAACUCCUGAGAUAUUGCAGUUAAAGUAACCAGAUGUUAAUUUCAUGAAAAACUGAUGUAAGAUUUCACGUGACUGUACAUCACUGGAACAACACCAAAAUGUGACAACAACUUUUCAAGUUUCUUUUUCUUUGUAAUAUAAUUCUUUCUCAAUAAUCUGUAGUAGAACUUCAUAAUUUCAAUCACAAUUAGAUAUUUUUCUUUUAGUGUGCAAGACCUAAAGGUAAUUGUUUUUACCUACUGCCCUACAUAGUUUAAUAUUGUUUAUUUUUGGUAAUUUAAGUUCUAUGGUGCAUUUGUUUUAGAGUUGUUUAUGUACUACUGAACUGUACCAGUUGCAUACACCUGAACCACAGUAAUGUUAGCUUGUUCUAAAGCUAUCUCUGACAUACACAGUUGAAAAUAAAAAGAACCUAAGAAUUAAUUUUUUCCUA